CCCCGUUGUUUACAUGUGAAUCCGGCACGUUCGGUUCGCUGCUAAUUUCUCCGCCGCUUCCACAAUCCGGAUUGUUCCGUAGCAUUCGGUCGCGCGAGUGAUCCACCGCCAUGAACUCCCUCAACAGGCUGAGGCCCCUGGUGAACGGCGGUGCGGGCUUGAUAUCGCGCAACUAUGCGUUCAAGUCGGACCUGAAAAUCAAAUGGGUCCGGCCGGAGAAGAUCCCGUGCUACAAGCCGGCCAAGAGUGGGGACCUGGUGCCGUUGCCGGCACUCAAGGGCGGCGAGCUGAUGAAGGAUUUUCGCCAGUCGAACGAGCUGGACAGCGCGGAUGAUAGUGUGAAGAAUCUGUUCACCCUGGAACAUAACCGUCGCAGGGAAAUGCUGGAGGUUUUUAAGGACGAGAUGGUGAAAAGGGUUCAGCGGCACGAGUUGGACUAUGGAUCGAUUGAGGCAAAACUGGGGCUCAUGACCGCUCAAAUUCGGAGCUUGCAGGAGGUAAUGGAGAAGUUCCCACGCCAAUCGGCGGCCAAGGUUCACCUAAAAGAACUCAUUGAUAAGAGGAAGCGUUUCUUGCGAUACUUGCGCCGUUGGGACUAUCGAAGAUUCGAGUACAUUUUGGAGAAGUUGGACCUGGUGUAUAAACCCUACCCAGCUGAAUUCCACUGGAUCACCCGCAAGGAUUCGCUGCGCAAGCUGACCGACAUUCACUGCGACGAAAUCAAAACCACGCGCCUUCAGAGCUAUCGCCAGCUGUUGGAGUCCCAGCAGUUGGAUUUCCUCGCGAAAAAGCUGGAAAACUUGCAGUUUAUCCGCAAGGAGCAGCAAGAGUGCAAGGUUCCGGUCACGGUCACGCCCGAGCAGAUCCAGGCCGUCAAGAAGCAGUACGAAGAGUUGAAGGAAAAGCGAAAGGUGCUGGAGGAGAAGGCGGCUGAGGAGCAGGAUUGAAACUCGGGCCGGUUUAAAAAUGUCUGCUUUAUUUCGUGUAUAAAAAUAAAAUAAAAUUAUUAGAUUCUAAUAGAGUAUUAA